UCGCGAGAUCAUCCGUUAGCGUUCAGUCAGGGCGACCGUAAAUCUCGCGAGAUCUUCCCCUUGCCAGUGCUACUGUUCAGAUGGGAGCCUUCCUCGUGGGGAAGAGAUGCAUUCAGACGACAUUGUCUGGGACACUCUUGGCAACAGGCAGUUCUGCUCCUUUAAGAUCAAGACAAAAACCCAGAGCUUUUGCCGGAAUGAAUUUAAUAUAACAGGCCUGUGCAACCGCUCCUCCUGCCCCUUGGCAAACAGCCAGUAUGCAACCAUUAAGGAGGAGAAAGGACAGUGUUAUCUGUACAUGAAAACCAUUGAACGGGCUGCUUUCCCUAAUCGUCUGUGGGAACGGGUCCGAUUGAGUAGGAACUAUGAAAAAGCACUGGAGGAGAUCGAUGAGAACCUGAUCUAUUGGCCCCGCUUCAUCCGACACAAAUGCAAGCAGCGCUUCACAAAGAUCACACAGUAUCUGAUCCGGAUCCGCAAGCUGACACUUAAGAGACAGAGGAAGCUUGUUCCAUUAAGCAAAAAGAUUGAAAGGCGUGAGAAGAGGAGAGAGGAAAAAGCCCUGAUUGCAGCUCAGCUGGACAAUGCAAUUGAAAAAGAACUGUUAGAAAGACUCAAGCAGGACACGUAUGGUGAUAUCUAUAACUUCCCUAUCCAUGCCUUCGACAAAGCUCUAGAACAACAUCAGGCAGAGAGUGAAAGUGACUCAGAUGUGGAGAAGGAAGAGGAGGAAGAGGAGAAGGAGUCAAACAAGAGGGAGUUCGUAGAAGUGGAUGAAAGUGAUCUCAGUGACUUUGAGGAUAUGGAUAAGCUAGCAGCUAGCAGUGAUGAAGAUGAGGAAGAGGCGAUAUCCAGUGAGGAUGAAGAGAGAGAGCAGCAACCAAAGUCCAAAGGCAAAAUGCCUCUGAAAGGGCCAGUGAGAAGGAAACGAGCUUAUGUUGAAAUAGAGUAUGAGCAGGAGACAGAACCGCUGUCAAAAUCAAAAGCAACGUGACUUUACCCACAUUUGUGAACUGUAAUAUGCUAAUAUGUCACAGGAAAGACUACUUCAAGUGCCAUGAUGCAAAACAGGACUAGGAAUCUUUCAGCUGAAUGAAAAACUUCACUUGGGACUGAGAGACAAAUGGUUAUUUUAAAAAGCCCUACAGUGAAUAUUUUAGAAGUAUAUUUUUGAAUAACGAGAAACGUGAAAGGUUCUGAGAGCAACUCACAGCCUUCCAUAUGUUACAUCUUAGCGUAGUCAUUGGGGUCAGAUCAUGUUGUACUCCCUGCAGUAAGCUGGAUGCAAUUUGCCAACCUGGGUUUAGAAGUAAGGAGCUAAAGAUGUCUG